AUGGCUUACCCUCUACUCGGAGUCUCAGAACAAAAGCCAGAAGGCAAGAUGACAGACGGUCAUGCUGAAGCCGCGGUUGACAUUUCCCGCCAGGUCUCCAUGUCAACGAGGUCGCGAGACAGGUCCUCAGACUUCCCAACCUCCAGGCUUCCAACAGAGAUAUAUCAAAUGAUCGUUGAACAUAUUGUGCUGCACUUUGAUGAAUGCGACAACGAUCAAGUAGCAAUCCGGGCCAAGACUUUAUCAUCCCUAGCUUGUACUUCCACGACCCUCCAAUGCCUCACAGAACCAUAUCUCUACUCCUUUCCAGAAAGCUCACGACUGAAAAGCUCUCAAGGCCAAGAACACUUCCGACUAUCACUGGCAGUCGAUUCUCGUCGAGGAAACCUUGUCCAGGUUCUUGACUUUGUGUGGGACGCUAAGGUGUACUCUCGAACGCUUGUUAUCGACAUAGCACGACGGUGUCCAAAUUUACAUACUCUCCAUCUGAGCUUUCCUACGAAGGCUUCCCCGGAGGACGUAUUCAGCCAAGCUUAUGUCGAUAACUUGGCUGAUCUGUUCUUUGUCUGUCCGAAAGUCAAAAAACUGCGCCUGUCUACGUCUCACUCACCCUCAACGUAUGAAACGGAAGUUAUUCCAAUACCGGAACAGGACGGGCGGAUCGCCGAGUUUGCUGGACAGCUCUCCCAUGUCGAGUUGAGUGAUGGGGUUGCCUGGUUUAAGAUAGCCAUGCUGCCUUACCUGUCACGAAAUGUGAUAUCGUUCGUCAUGGUAAACCCUGGACCCGUGUAUCAUCCAGGCUUCCUCGAAACCCUAGGCCAACGCUGCCCAGUCUUGCAAAGUCUCAAGAUUAUGUGCUGGGGUGUAACCCCACUGGAACUAGAGAAACUCUGUAAAGCCUUAGGCUCGACACUCAAAGUGUUGUACCUGAAGGGUUUGUAUGCCGAUAGUGUCCUAAGCCGGUUCCUUCCCAACAUGCAAGUAUUGGAGCAUUUGAGAUUGGGCAACCCUUUCCCUCUAUAUGUCGAAGAUAUGGACGCCAUGUCUAGCCUAUCACAUCUGAGAACAUUUAUCGCAGACGGUGAUGAGGAUGAAGAAUUCAACAGUUACUUUCUGGAGGAAACGGGAGCAGACAGGGAUCGGGCUCUGGCUAGGUUCCUAUACGCAUGUAGGAUGACACUGGAGACUAUGUGGCUCGAUUCAGACGACCUUCUGAACAAGGAUGUCUUCGAGAACUUGAAGCCGGUGAGAAAUUUGGGUUCCGUGGGCUUAUCGUGGAGUGACGCUCUAGAGAGGGACGAAGUCGAGGGUCUCUUGGAGACUUGUCCUAAGCUUCAAGAGGUAUCGGAUAUUCGCAAGUGUGUUGAUGAUAUGUUAGAUGGGGACGGGUGGAACAGAUAUAAGCUGCGGAUUAACUAUCUUAGACCCAGAUGGUGCGUGAUGGAUUUUCCAUAUUGCAGUGCUGGCUGGUCAGAUAGCUUACGUUAG